AUGUACCACAAGACUUGGGCCGCCUUCGUCGACGGCGCCAUUUCGAAACACCACCAGAAGACCAGCGAUGGCGUUGCUGGAAACAGCAGUGAUGGCAGGGUUGGGAGCGGGCGCAUUGAUGUCCAGGAUGUGAUGCGCGUAGAAGAAAUCCUGGCCAGGAUCGAGAGGGCGGAGGGAGGUUGGAUCGACUACGAGAGGAGACCGGACGGGGAUGAUGGCGCCGACGCAGAUGCCAGCUCUCUAGCGAGCGGUAGCCUGCUGAGAUCGAGCGGAAGGAAAUCACUCGACACACUGCCCCCGAUGUUCCAGAACCCAGGCCCUUCUUUCCUCGCGUCGAUGUACAAUCCCGCACCGGUCCAAGCCAAUAGCGGGAAAGGCAGGCCGCUUCCAAACGACGUGAAGGCAUCUCGCUCAGGGGCGAAGGAGCGAUCCUAUGAAGGAGACAAAUAUCUUCCCGUCGUCGGGGAUUCUUGCGCCGUUUCCAGUAGCCGGAGUGACGCCCUCGGGAGUGUAGACGCUGCCAGGGAUGACCAGCUUUGCUCCUCCCAGACGACGGUCGGAAGAGGCGACGGGACCGCUUUUGAAUACGAGGGCCGGAGGCAGUGCCUCGAGUCUCGGCCGGGAGGACCGGAGACGAAGACGGAGCAACGACCGAUCGGCCGGGACGAUCUGUCAGAACUCAUGGAAUCGCUCCACCUCGAUGGAACAGAAUCGGAGCUGUCAACGCCUCCGCCAGUGAGGGGCCGAUCGGAAGAGACGGGGCACGACUUGCAUCGUGAGGCGCAUCAGCCGGUGGGGGCUGAGGCACAAGAAGGAACAACAUCAGCGACGAGCAAUAGCGAUCUAUUUGGCAGAAAUUUAUCCCCGGCAGCAGCCUACAAAGAUGAAGAGAUGUUUGCGGUCGCCCAGGAUCGCACCCAGGGUGGCUCGAGUGGAGGUGGGGAAGAAGUGGCGUGUCCCCUCGAGCACGAGGAAGAGGAAAAGGGAGAAGUGCCAUGUGUUGCUGCGUCAAGUUCGGGGACUACCCCGCUGCGGCCGGACAUGUUUCCGGAGGAGGUAUUGAUGUCACAGCUGUCCGCAUGCCUGGACGCGACGCGCAUCGAAGGGGAGGAAAUAGCACAUGGUGGGACUACGGGAGCGGCGGAGGACGAGGAGGAAGAGGAGCAAUCACCUCUUUACGCCUCGUCUGAAGACAAGUCGAGUAUGAUUGGAGGGGUCACGGUGGUGCACGCCAGCCCGCGCGGGGUGGGCAAGAGUGGCGCCAGUUUCUCCGAGGACGAGGAGGAGCAUCUACGGGGUGCUGUGCUGUCGGUAGAGCGGUCGGGGGUGAAGGUGGGCGUCACCGUGCUGGAGGGUAGCGGGUACGGCGAUAGUGGCAGCGGCAGCAGUCGGACCGACCUUUCCGGGGAGGUUGUGGCAGCAGCCACGGCUGCUGCUCUCGUUGAGGAAGACGACGACGUGCUCGGCGCCGUUGGCGGCGCCGUUGAUGACAGUCAGUGCGCAUUGGUCCCCACCCCUUUGGCUGGCAGCAUCAGCAGCAGCAGCGCCCCCGUUUACGAUGGCGCCGCCGCCGCGGCCAGGGUCAUCCCUUCGGCGGCUGAAUGCUGUCGCCGAUCGCCGCUCCAAUUGGAGUUUGAGCGGAAGGUUUCAGCGGCAGGGAAGGGUCGCAACGGGGACGCCUUGUCGGGCGAACGGAAGGCCGGUGCCGAUGACGACGACCUCAGUGACGGCGAUAGAAGACGGUUCGUUGGUUCCACCCUACACGCGCCUGAUAAGCUGCUCGGGUUAUUGAGCUCCCUCGUAGGGAACGACCCAACACCGGCGAGUGUCUCGGCGCCCGCUGCUGGACUCACCAGCGGGAGGCCGAGCCCUCACCACGAGCCGAGUUCACAAGGGGACGCGCUGCUGGAAUGUCGGGCCCAGGCAGGCGAUAACGCGAGAGUAGACGAACAAGCGGAGUCUCCGGAGAUCUUGCGGCUAGGGCCGGCAUCGCCGAACAGGGAGAGCAUGAUUCGUCGUGAGCAGAGGCCGUCGUUCGACCGUGGGUCUUGGGAGGUGAGAGACGUCAGUGGCGACCCCCACGGGGGUGGCGUUCUCGGCAACAACGGGGCGAGCUUUACGCUAGCGCGGAGUCCGGGCGGGGCGUCGACAAGGGGAUCUCGACAAGGGCAACGCUUAGGGUCAAUGCUCAGUCCCGACUCCGAAGGCGUCGUUUUCUUGGACGGCUCGGGUGGGGUCAGCUCGCUGUCGCCGUUUGUGCUUGCCGGGUCGUUGGAUGCCGCUGAAAUGGGCGAUGCUGGCUACGGCAGCGACAACGGUGGCGGCUGGGCUUUGCCACCCGGCGGGGGCGACGGUGACUGCGGCUUGUCUCCCGUCAGAUCAGCGACGUCGGAAACUACCGAUGAUGCACCGUCGCCGCCGCAAGGGUCGGGGACGCCGCCUUCCGUUCUCCCUCGUUCAAGGGAGGACAUGUCAGAGGACAGGGACACAACAUUGACACCGGAGGUUGCGCCGCGUUUGAGCUCUUCCAAGUCACCGCUUGUGGUGAGAGCCGGCUCGAGGCUGGAAGAGGAGGAACGCGGUGAUCCUGGCUGUGGGAACGUGGACGCUAGUAUACAGGAGGCACGAAGCAAACACAAACAGGCGGACUCCGGGAGCUUGAUGCCGCCACCGCCACCCCGACACCCAUCGUUUUCGCCGCGACGCACUGCGUCGAAACACCGCGAGAGGGCUUUUUCGGUUUCGAGGGAAACGCCUGAGGAACGCUGCGCGACCCAGUCGAGCGCCGCCGACACCCGAGUGGUGUCGCUACGUACAGCCCUCGGAGACAGAACUAACGCCCCACCGAGAGGACGGUGCGACGAACGCUCGGACGAGGAAGAGUCGCUUCCGGUCUCCACCCGCGAUGGCGGACGCUACGAUGGUGGUGGUAGUGGUGCUCGUGGUUGUGGUGGUGAUCGUCGUGGUGGACUUGCGGAGUACAGCGAACAGGCUUCGAUCGAUUCGUUCUCGGAAAGCGAGCCGGAAAGAAGUAAGCCAGGGGCUGGCGCAAAGGAAGCGGGAGCCGACGAGGAUAUGACGGGUGACUCGUCGCUUGCGGAGGGCACGCCGCGACGGCGUGGGGCUGGUGCCAGAGAUCGUUCUCUCGGGGGGUUCUAUCCCCCCCUGCAGGUGGCCAACCUCGCCAACAAGGCGCGGGAAGGCUCGACCCUCUCCACCCUGCAGAAGAGCACGCUGCAGUGGAUGCUCUGGCGGGAGCGAGGCGAGAAAGGAGGAAGAUCGGCAGCUGCAGCAGAGGCCUCGGUCAGCGACGACGACGAUGACGGCGCUAUCGACAUCAAGGGAGGGCUAUUGGGUCAUCUCCCGUCCGACGAGGCGUCGACAUGUGUGCAUGCCGUUGUUCGGGCGGGCGUUACCUUCAACGAUGGCGACGGAAGCGGGAGGAAGGUCGGCAGUAGGGCGAGGCGAAUACAUACCGGGACGGGCCUGCCUUGCGGGCCUACUCUUAUCUUAGCGCCUACGAAGGAGGCCGCAUGGCGGUGGUCCGAUAGGCUAGAAUCAGGCUCCGGGGGUCUCUCGGUGCUGAACUACGUGAUGCCCUUGAGGGAGAGGCGCAGGCUGAGCGCGAAGCAGGUGGCCGCAUUCGACGUGGUCGUGACGACGUAUGACGUGCUGAAGGCGAAAGAGGUACCUCGCGGUGUCGAAGCCAAGGAAGCCACCUCGCCAAGGAGCUGGGCGCUACCGGGGUCGACGCAGUGGCGGACUAGAAACGCCAAGGAAGGGGGGCAGAAGAGAACUUCCGCCUCCUCCAAGACGGACCACAUGGUGUCACUGCUACACGGGGUUUGGUGGGAUCGAGUGGUGGCCGACGGGGCUCAGAUCCUAGCCACCCAACGGAGCGCGCGAGCCGUGGCUGCUCUUGCCUUGAUGGGGACCGCGCGGUGGUGCUUGGUGGACUGCGAGAGCAUGUCAAUCGUCGAGGACGCCAGCGAGCGGAUGCGGUGCCUAGCGGCAUUUCUACGGGUGCCCGCGGCGGUGCCAUUGGUAGAGGUUGCCGAGAGCUUGCUCUUCAGGAGCAGGCCGAGGCACAUCGCUCCGCUUUACCCUCGAGCUCCGGGCGCCGCGGAUAACAGCUUGAGCUUGACCGAGGGCGACGAUAGCUCAGGCUGUUCCCAGCGUCACACGCGACGAUCGUCGAGAGGGGUCAACACCAGGCGGGGUGGAGGGGGGGGGGUGAGGAAAAGGGGCUCGGGAAGAGAGGGACGACCAUCGGAAGAAGGGAAGCGGUUGUCGACCAUGGAGCAGGUCGGUGAUGGGCGGGGGGAAUGGGGGGCGCUGCCGAUGGAUGGAGGGAGGAGCCAGAGAACGUCACACGCGAAAACCAGAGGAAGAGGAGGGCGAACAGAAGGGUCUCAGGAGAAUGGAGAGCGCGGGCAUGACGGUGGGGGGGGUAGAAGAGGUGAAAGCGAUUGUGGCGGAGCGGCUUCUGGAAGACAGUUUUCGCGUAGAGAUGUUACCUACGUGCCAAGUAGGCUGACGCUGAGAAGGGCUAGGGGGGAAGCCGGGUCGAUGCAAGUUGGCCAGAAAUGA